AUGUUUAGGGCCAGCACCACGUCGCUGGGUGCAGCAUCCAAGCGGUCUGUGAGUAAUUGGUCUUCCCUCCCGUUUGACCGCCGCGACAAGUCUUUCUGGUUGGCCUUCAAUGAGUAUCUAGCACCGUCCAUGAAGUCCGAAUUCCCAUUGGCAAGCGAUGAGUUUCGUAAGCCCAUGCUCUCCGGCCUCACCGUGCCUGGUGAGAGUGCCCUUUUGAAUGGCGCCAUCAUCAAGGCUGCGAACGAUCUGCGGGAUUACUACGACAACAUUUCUUUGUGGAACCCACUUUCUCUGGCAUUUCAACUGGGAAUUGAGGUCAGUGUGGUGAUUGAGCAGCUACUGCUAGCGAAGGAGUAUGGCUUGGUUUCCAUGCUUUUUGUUGUCUCUUGUCGAUCAUGUGGAUGUGAUAUGCUGCGUGUGGAUGCCGUGCGUGAAAUCUGUUUCCGCGCCACGUACCAUAAAACAAAUAUUAUUCGCUGUCCAAUGUGUACAGACUGCACGGAGGUGACGGAUUUGACACAUGUGGGAGUUUUCUUUCAGGAUUUUUCUCCACCCGAAUUCCUUCGGCGAAAGUAUCACCGCCUCUUCUACAGUGAUGAAGCGAUUCGACGUCAAUUGGAAGCAUAUUUUUGUCCGCCAGGGGCCGCGUUUGCAUUUCACAUGCGUCUUCCCGAGGGUCGAUAUCUGAUUGUAGCAUCGGGAAUGGGUAUUCUUGUAGAGAUUCAGGUUGGAACAGGGGCUGAAUUCUUGGGGAAAGAUUGUCCCUUUCACGCAGUAACCCUUUCAUUGGGGAAAUUGCUGAACGAAAACAGUGUGGACUCAGAAGGAAAUGGAAGGCGACGCCGUGUGAUACGUGUCAAUCACGGCAAAUUGGUCUUUCGUGUGUUUAACGCCACACCAUACGGUAGUUAUUUGGAUUUCUGUGUUGCCUUUGAUGAACGUCUGGAGUUCUUGGCACCACAGACUCCCCUUGUGGCGACUGUCCCCAUGGUUCUGCACACUGCCUCACGAGGACUGCGAUCCCCAUUGUUUCAUUUUUUUAUUCCAAGGCCUCCUGGUACACGCACCUCCGGUGUGUAUGUUCUGCAUUCCUUUGCGCUCCCCAGUGAGGAAUUUGAUGAGCCUAUCACUGCAGGCACGGAGUCUGUUCUAGCUGUCAUCCGUGAGGUACAUCGAUACUCCUUGGAAGACCAUCAUGGUCUUUUGAUCUCCGUAGGGCACGGCGGCAGUGUAUUUGAGUCAUCGUUUUUUUCCGUGACGGCAGCUCUGGCUUCGUCGCUCUGCCUUGCGCAGCGCGUCGUGACACGCCUUGGUGAAGAAGUUGCUGCCUCCUUUACAUGCACUAUCACAAAAGGGACCAUGUACAUGGCGUCCUUUCAGGGGCAAUACGAUGAUGACGAAAAUUUGCGCUCCUCAUACCCCGACGUACAUGUCGUUGGGCCGGUGGUGUAUGCGGCCACACAUCCGCCCGUUGUUUUAACAAAUGACAGGGAUGGCAAGGAUUCCGUGCAGCCUGUUGUUCGCUGUGCGCGGAUUGAGCUCCGAUCAGUCUCAGAAGAGCAUAUGGGGGUGUGUCUUGAGCCUGCCGCCGCAGAUGCGAUGUUUCCAUUUUUUCUUUCCUACCUUGGGGAUCAACUAAAGGCUUUGCAGGUCCUCUCUGAACCACAGGCGCUGGUUCUUUUAGUGCCGCUAUCGACGCUAAAUGCAACAGUGACGCUGCCCUCGUUGUUAAACCCUGUCAUGUACACAAAGGAGUUACGUGGGCCAUUUGGUUAA